CUUGGACAAUACUCUAACACUAUCAUGCUUUUAGAACUAUCAAUGAAGCCACUAGAAGUGACAAUUUCCGAAUUCUGUUUAUACUUUCUCCACCUGCACCUGCUCGAUCACUAUAUCUAGUUGGCAAUAAUAAACGCAUAUAUAAACAAAAAUCUACCAUAAUUCUGAAGAAGCAAUGAGUUCGGAUGAUCCCCACUUCCUCCUUGUAACCUUGCCUGGCCAAGGCCACCUAAACCCAACUCUCCAGCUAGCAAAGCGCCUGAUCCAGGCCGGUGCACGCGUCACUUUUGCCACCACCACUUCUGGCCAACGGAAAAUCAAAAGUUUCCCUUCUCUCGAGGGCUUAGCGUAUGCCUUUUUUUCUGACGGAUUCGAUGAUGGAACUUCUCCGUCUGACAAACAGGAGGAUAUUAUGUCCAAACUCGAGCAUAUCGGGUCCCAAACUCUAACCAACCUACUGCUGAGCUUGUCUGGUGAAGGCCAUCCGGUAAGUUUCUUGAUAUAUAGUCUCUUGCUGUCUUGGGUCGCUGAUGUGGCUCGGGACUUGUCCAUUCCUUCUGCUUUACUCUGCAAUCAUAGUGGUGCUGCGUUCGCUAUCUACCACCAUUACCUCAAUAGCCAAACAGGGGCUUAUGAUUCUAAAAUCAAUUGCCCUCCAAGCUUCAUAAACUUUGAAGGGUUGCCUCCAUUUAAAUGGAAAGACCUGCCUUCUUUUCUGUUACCAUACAGUCCACACUCUUUUGUCACGACUAACUUUCAAAAACACAUUCGAGUUCUGGAAAAAGACCCUAAUCCUUGUGUUCUUAUAAACACCUUUGAUGAGCUAGAAGAAUAUGCAAUCAAAACCCUUGCUCAUGAUUCCAACAUAAACUUGAUCACCAUCGGACCCUUGGUUCCAUCAGACAAAUUCGUUGGCUGUGAUUUGUUUGAGAACUCUAGUCAUGACUAUUAUACCCAUUGGUUGGAUUCCAAGCCUGAUUGUUCAGUUGUUUACAUUUCCUUUGGUAGCCUGGCAGUAUUGCCGAGGAAUCAAAUGGAAGAAAUUUUUCAUGGAAUAGUUGAUAGUGGCUACACAUUCUUAUGGGUAAUCCGACCAUCAAAAGAUGGAGAAGAAGAAGAAGGAUUCGAGAAUGCGAUCAAAGAUAAGAUAAAGGAAGAACAAGGGCUGAUUGUUCCAUGGUGUUCACAAGUUGAAGUGUUGAAUCACCGGGCGGUAGGUUGUUUUGUGACGCAUUGCGGGUGGAACUCCACUACGGAGUGCUUGGUUGCAGGCGUGCCAAUGGUUGCAUUGCCUCAGUUUUCAGAUCAGACCACGAACGCAAAGCUAGUAGACGAGGUAUGGGAAACUGGCAUUAGAAUUAAAGUAAAUGAAGGUACUGCAGUUGCAGAGAAGGAAGAGAUCAGAAGGUGCUUGGAGAUGGUAAUGGGAAAUGGACAGAAAGGGGAAGCAAUGAGAGGGAAAGCUAAGAAGUGGAGAGGAUUGGCUCUCGAGGCGACGAGUCAAGGCGGUUCCUCGGCCAAUAAUUUCAAGGUUUUCAUGGAAAGCUUUGUCAAGUGAAAAAUGAUUUGUCAUGGAUUACAACUUGAUCUAAUUAUUGUACAUAUUGCCCAACUUUUUUAAUAAUGUGACUAUCAUAAGUAUUGGAUUCCAGGGGCCACAGGUCACAAUAACUUAGAGUAUUUAAUUUAUCAUCGUUUCUCUAAGCAAAUUAUUCAUUUGUCUUGCUAUUUUGUUUA